AUGGGCCGACCUUCACUCCUCCUACCCCUGUGUGCUUCGGUGUCCUUGCUGGGUGGCCUGACCUUUGGCUAUGAACUGGCAGUCAUAUCGGGUGCCCUGCUGCCGCUGCAGCUUGAUUUCGAGCUGAGCUGCUCGCAGCAGGAGCUCCUAGUGGGCAGCCUGCUCCUGGGGGCUCUCCUCGCUUCUCUGGUAGGCGGCUGCCUCAUCGACCGCUAUGGCCGGAAGCAAGCCAUCCUGGGGAGCAACUUGGUGCUGUUGGCAGGCAGCCUGAGCCUGGGCCUGGCCGGCUCCCUGGCCUGGCUGCUCCUGGGCCGCUCGGUGGCUGGCUUUGCCAUCUCCCUCUCCUCCAUGGCCUGCUGCAUCCACGUGUCCGAGCUGGCGGGCCCACGGCAGCGGGGAGUGUUGGUGUCCCUCUACGAGGCAGGCAUCACCGUGGGCGUCCUGCUCUCCUACGCGCUCAACUACACGCUGGCCGGCGCCCCCAGGGGAUGGAGGCAUAUGUUUGGCUGGGCCGCUGCGCCCGCUCUCCUGCAGUCUCUCAGCCUCCUCUUCCUGCCCGCUGGUACAGCUGGGGCUGCAGCCCGCAAGGACCUCAUCCCGCUGCAGGGAGGCGAGGCCACGAAGCUGGACCCCGGGAGGCCGAGAUACGCCUUUGUGGACCUCUUCAGGGCCCGGGAUAACAUGCGGGGCCGGACCGUCGUGGGGCUGGGGCUGGUGCUUUUCCAGCAGCUGACCGGGCAGCCCAACGUGCUCGCUUACGCCUCCACCAUCUUCCGGUCGGUCGGCUUCCGGGGAGGCUCCUCCGCUGUGCUGGCCUCCGUGGGGCUCGGUGCGGUGAAGGUGGCGGCUACCCUGAUGGCCAUGGGGUUGGUGGAUCGAGCCGGCCGCAGGGCGCUGCUGCUCGCCGGCUGUGCCCUCAUGGCCCUGUCGGUCAGCGGCCUCGGCCUCGUCAGCUUUGCUGUGCCCCUGCACUCGGGCCCAGCCUGCCUGGCCGUGCCCAACGCCACCAGGCUGUCGGGGCUCCCUGGAGACUCCAGCCUGCCCAGGGGCUUGGCUCCACCUCGGCCGCCCAAGACCAACCAGAGCCCGGGGCGGCCAGUCUUGUCAACCUCUGAGAGGACCAGGCCUCCUCUGGGAGCCGAGGACCCUACAGCCCUAAGCCUCACUCCCCCUGGAGGCCUUUCUCCCGCCCCCGAGCACGCCCUGCUGCACUGGACCGCGCUGGUCUGCAUGAUGGUCUUUGUGAGCGCCUUCUCCAUUGGCUUUGGACCCGUGACCUGGCUUGUCCUCAGCGAGAUUUACCCCAUGGAGAUCCGAGGGAGGGCCUUUGCCUUCUGCAACAGCUUCAACUGGGCCGCCAACCUCUUCAUCAGCCUCUCCUUCCUGGACCUCAUCGGUGCCAUUGGCUUGUCCUGGACCUUCCUGCUGUACGGGCUGACCGCUGUCUUCGGCCUGGGCUUCAUCUAUUUCUUUGUCCCAGAAACAAAAGGCCAGUCAUUGGCAGACAUAGACCAGCAAUUCCAGAAGAGAUGGGUCCCCCUGAGCUUUGGCCAUAGGCAGAGCUCGGCUGGCGUCCAGUAUAGUCGUAUCGAGGUCUCCGCAGCCUCCUGA